GUUCUUGAUUAAUCUUUUCAUGAUUUUGAGAAGAAGAAGUAUUGGUUGUUAAUACAUUGUUAAUAUCAUUCUUGCGAACUUUGAAGAGUUUAUCUGACAAACCCGUUUGUUCAAAUGAUCACUGGGCGUUAAUGGGUUAAAACAAACAUUGAGCUACCAGAAAGAUCAGCCAAAAACUUCCACUAUUCAGUCUAUCGCGAUCAACCGAACAAUCAGGAUGUGGUUCGCAAUCCUCCUGGUAGCCCUAUCCAUUUACCUAUUCCAGAAGUGGACCUACUCCCACUGGAAACGCCGUGGAAUCCCCCAGCUGCACCCUUCGUUCCCAUUUGGAGACGUUUCCGACACGUUCCGUCAGCGAACAUCCUACUCCGAUCGCGUCGCCCAACUGCACCAUCAAGCCGUCCGCGAUGGCCACCGCUUUGUCGGAAUCUACACCCUCUUCCAACCGAUCCUCCUAAUCACGGACGUGGAUCUGGUCAGGCGGAUCCUCACCGUGGACUUUGAGCACUUUGUCGAUCGCGGAGCACACAUCAACGAGAAGCGCGAUCCGUUGAGUGGCCAUCUGUUCUCCCUGACCGGGGCCAAGUGGAGACGGAUGCGACUGAAGUUGACCCCGGCCUUUACCACCACCAAGCUCAAGGCCAUGUUCCCGACGAUGAUGGCUUGCGGUCGGACGCUCACGGCGGUGAUCGAUGAGCACGCGGGGCGAUCGUUACCCAUUCGCGAUCUGAUGACCCGCUUCACCAUGGACGUGAUCGCUUCGGUUGGGUUCGGGCUGGAGUGCAACAGUAUGAGGAAUCCGGACGAACUGUUCCGACAGAUGGGGGCCAGGUUCUUCUCGAAGAGCUGGAAGACUUCGAUGCGAAUGUUGUUGGCUUUCGUGGCACCGAGGGUUAAUCGGUUUUUGCAAAUAAAGCUGAAUGACGAUGACGUCGAAGAGUAUAUGCUGAACCUAGUGAGGGAUGCGAUCGCUCGUAGGGAAGGCGGUGGGGAGGUGAGAAGAGAUUUUAUGCAGCUGUUGGUCCAGUUGAGGAACCAGGUGGAGGUGAAAGAUGGCGGCAGUUGGGAGAUGAGCAGUGUUGAUCAGAACAAAGCUUUAACCGUUGAGGAGAUGGCUGCGCAGUCGUUUGUGUUUCUGAACGCUGGAUAUGAAACAUCUUCAUCAACAGUAACCUUCUGCAUGUUUGAGCUGUGCCGCAACCGGGAUCUCUUGAGAAAAGCGCAUGAGGAAAUCGACCGGGUGUUGGAAGGUGACAGAGAGGUCAGCUACGAGGCACUUGGGGAGAUGACAUUCCUGGAGAGCUGCAUCGAUGAAACCCUGAGGAAGUACCCGAUCUCACCCGUGCUGUUCAGAGUUUGCACGAAGGCUUACCAAAUUCCCGACUCGGAUGUUGUGGUGGAGAAAGAAACUAUGGUACAGAUUUCACUUGUUGGGCUACAACGUGACCCGAGAUAUUACGAGGAUCCUGUGAAGUUCGACCCGGAUCGUUACGGGGAGCGGAAAGCGGAAACGAUGCCUCACUACAGCUUUGGAGAUGGCCCAAGGGUCUGUAUAGGUCUUCGAAUGGGCAAGGUGAUGACCAAAAUGGCCCUGGUACAGCUGCUGUCAAGGUAUGAUUUCGAGCUGAAAUCUCCAGCGGCAGAUGCAGGGGAAAUUGAACUGGACCCUUCACUGCUAAUGCUGCAACCAAAACACGACAUCCAACUGAUUCCGAAGCGACGGGUUCAAUAAAGCAAUUCCAGUAAGGAAGUUUUCAAUAGUCAGUAAGUUAGAAUAAAACAUUAGAUUCCAUGAUCAUGAUCGUUCAAAUUACGUAACACUGUAGGACUAGAGGAAGUACGACCUUGCAUUACAGUUAAUUCAAAAUUUUUAGUAUUUUCGUAUAAAAAGAGUUGCCGAGUCGUGUGGGAUGAGGAGACCCUGGAUGAUUGAAAAUGCCAACGUAAUAACAACGAAAAAGCAUUACGUAAUCAAUGGAUGCAGCCUACAGAAUUCCUUUGGAUAUGUUUUUGAAUUUUUUGGUAGAUCUUCAGAUUGAACGAUUAUUCGGAUUCUCCGGUGGGUUUGCUUAUCUCCUGUAAAAGUUUUGAAAAUUCCUUCGGUGAUUAUUUCAAAAAUUCUUUCGACAAUUCCUGUGGGAAUCCUUUCGGCAUUUUUUUUUCGAAUUUCUAUAACAAAUACCCUCAGAAUUUCGAGUUCUUUGGACUAUUCUUUCUAAAACUGCUUCCUUUGUAAACUCCUUCGGUUAUUCAUUUAAAUAUUUAUCCGGCAAUUUCCUUACGAAAUAUCUCUGCAAUACCUUCUGCAUUUCGUUGGGAAAUUAACAAUUCUGUUUGACAAUUCCUUCAAUCAUU